AUGACUAGGACCCAGCUUAUUCUGGACAAUGAGGAAGUGAGAGAAGAGAGGACACAAAGCAAUGUGGAAAGAAGACACAAAGAAAAGCCCCCACCUAUUAUAGAUUUUGGAAAGAUAAUCAUCUAUACAAAUAACUUGAAAAUCAUUCGAACCCCAAUGGACAAGAGAGAUUUCGUGAGGAAAAUUCUCCAAAAGGAAGAGGAGGCUGAGGAAGAGUCUCUGAUGAACAAAGAAGAAAACUAUGGAGACAGUGACCAGAAUGAUGGGCCUUUGCCAGAGACAGACAGCACGUUCCCCCAUAACCAGUACACACAGGAACGGGAGCUUCCCAAGGACAACUGUUUUCACUGCCGAGGGUCGGGCAGUGCCACCUGCUCUCUAUGCCAUGGCAGCAAGUUUUCGAUGCUGGCCAAUAGAUUUAAGGAAUCCUACCGGGCCCUGCGGUGUCCUGCCUGCAAUGAGAAUGGCCUGCAGCCUUGCCAGAUUUGCAAUCAAUAG